UGUGACCUAAAAUGUCGGACAUUUAAAUUUUGGAAUUAUUUGUGAAUUUUACUUUAUUUUGUAAUUUAGUGCAUUUGAUGAGCUUAUUAUAUAAAAGAGAGAACUAACAUCUUGAACUGUCAACUUUUGUCAGCUGACAUCUACAAGCACCUAGAUAUUGACAUCAUUAUGUCAGCCUCAAGAGCAGAGCGGAUCGCAAAAGUUAAAAAACAUUUUAAAACUUUCCCCGAUUGGCCAAAACCUGGCAUCAUGUUUAGAGAUAUGUUUCCUGUCUUCCGAAGUCCAGAAAUAGUUGCGGAGAUAACAUCACUGUUUGAAGAAAUCGUUAGAGAAACUUGCUCAAAAGUAGAUGUCAUAGUUGGAUUAGAUGCGAGGGGAUUUUUAUUUGGCCCCUUAUUGGCCCAGCGUCUUGGAACCUCAUUUGUGCCUGUGAGAAAACGAGGAAAACUCCCAGGGCCCACCAUUAAGGAGACAUACGUUCUGGAAUAUGGAGAGGACUGCUUUGAAAUGCAAGAGGGUUCCAUCUUGCCUGGAGAGAAUGCACUUAUCAUUGAUGACUUGAUAGCAACUGGGGGGACGAUGAAUGCAGCCUGUUCAUUGGUUAAAAAGCAGCAAGGAAAUGUGGUGCUCUGUUUAGUCCUCAUAGAACUUGUUGACUUGAAAGGUAGAGACAAAGUACCUGCAAAAUUGUUGUCCCUUGUGGAGUAUGAAGGAGAAUAACUCCUCUUUAGUCUUAAGCUUUAGAACGUUAAAAUCCGCCAAAUUACAUGUAAGUCGCCUUCAAAUUGAAAUAUCAUAUUUCAAUCAUAAAUAUGUAUAGUCAGUACAUUUUAAUAUUGCAAGUCUGCCAAAUUAAGUAGCUGCCAAAUGUUCAAAACAGGGAAUCCUCCAAAAUAAGU